UUGAUAGGAAAAUAAUGUACAUCCACAUUUUGUCUGAAUUUACUAAACGUGUAAAUGAUUUACAUCAGGCGUUCUGCACGGGCUGCUAUUGCGUAGUACCGACUGUAUCCCCUCUGACAAGAAGCUAUGGGAUUAGCAAAAUAGUGUAUAGAUGCGUGUCUCUCCUUGGUCACCUUUCAAAACAUUCUUUAUUAACCCCUUCUGUCACCGAGAUAGUGUUAUUGUUCCUUACGAGCGCUGAUAGUUGCCGUACUUUUUUGUGGAAGAAUGUUAAUACCCGUGGCUUUAAGCAGAGCUGGAAAACUAACUUGCCAGCUGAGCUAGCUUGCUAGCACAUAACCAAGCUGGGCUCGACGACAUAAUAGGCUGCUGCUCUGCUUUUGGGAACACGGUGUGCUCGUUGUGUCAAAUCAAGCCAGCUUUCACCGAGGCGGUUUUCUUACAGUAUCUCUGCUCUCGCUUAUCUUUCGAGAUUCCCUUUGUUGUGUAAUCCUCUGCCCGGGCCGUGGCACCAGCUCACUUACUAGCAACUUAGCCGGUCCACGGUGUGUUCGCAGCGUUAGCAGAGCACUGCUCUCAUUGCGCUGGCUAAAAAUACACUUCUUGUCCCAUGCUCAGUGCCCCUCCAAAAGUGGUGGGCUAGUCCACGUUGUACUUGUCUUCGGCUUUUCGGGUCACAUUGCUCGGAGUUUGGCACUCUACAUGGUCACUACAGUGAAGUUAAGACGCCUGGAAGAGCAAGCCGGACCCCGAGGUUGUGAGCCGAGCUGGCCUGAUCUAACCUUACAUCGUACCGGCUGGUGGUGGCUUCAGGUCUGUGGCUGAUCGGUGGCCGAACAUCAUUUUGCCCUAAUGGCCUUGUCCUGUCAUCAGUUGUAAUAUAACACCCCUUGGUCCAGCCGAGGGUUGCAAGACCAAAACUUUGUAGAGGUCGGAGAAAAACGCUUUGUUUCUACUGUCAACUGUCUGGAGAUUGGCGAGGCAGACUUCAUCUGUCCGGAGCAGGCCACCAUGUCGGAAGAUAACAACGCAGACAAGUUCAUCAAGGAGACAUCCAUUCUGGACGAGUACAACAUAAACUGGACACAGAAGUUGGGAGCUGGCAUCAGUGGACCUGUCAGAGUGUGUGUGAAGAAGUCAACUCAGGAACGCCUGGCCCUGAAGAUCCUCAUUGAUCGCCCCAAGGCCAGAAAUGAGGUGCGUCUCCAUAUGAUGUGUGCCAACCACCCAAACAUAGUGCAGAUCCUGGAGGUUUAUGCUAAUAGUGUCCAGUUCCCACAUGAGUCUAGCCCAAGAGCGAGGCUUCUGAUAGUUAUGGAGAUGAUGGAGGGUGGCGAGCUGUUCCACAGAAUCAGUCAGCACAGGCACUUUACUGAAAAGAUGGCCAGCCAGGUCACUAAACAGAUCAGUCAAGCCUUGGAACACUGUCACUCCCUAAAUAUUGCACAUCGUGACCUGAAGCCAGAGAACCUGCUCUUCAAGGAUAACUCUCUGGAUGCACCUGUGAAGUUGUGUGACUUUGGCUUUGCCAAAAUUGAUCAAGGAGACCUGAUGACCCCUCAGUUCACUCCUUACUACGUAGCACCUCAGGUACUUGAGGCUCAAAGAAGACACCAGAAGGAAAAGUCUGGAAUUAUACCUACCUCACCCACUCCUUAUACCUAUAACAAGAGCUGUGACUUGUGGUCUCUUGGUGUGAUUAUCUACGUAAUGUUGUGCGGCUAUCCCCCAUUCUACUCCAAACAUCACAGUCGCACAAUCCCAAAGGACAUGAGGAAGAAGAUUAUGACGGGCAGCUUUGACUUCCCUGAAGAUGAGUGGAGCCAGAUCUCCGAAAUGGCCAAGGACAUUGUACGCAAGCUGCUGAAGGUGAAGCCAGAGGAGAGGCUGACUAUUGAGGGAGUCUUGGCUCACCCUUGGCUCAACUGCACUGAGGCCCUCGACAAUGUGUUGCCCUCUGCCCAGAUGAUGAUGGACAAGGCGGUAGUUGCAGGUAUCCAGCAGGCUCACGCAGAGCAGUUGGCCAACAUGAGAAUUCAGGAUCUGAAUGUCAGCCUGAAGCCCCUAAACUCUGUCAACAACCCAAUCCUCAGGAAGCGGAAACUCCUAGGCCCCAAGCCCAGUGACGGUUUCUUCAUUCAUGACCCAGAGAACGGAGGGGAAGACUCCAACGUAGCACUGGGAAAAUUACGAGAUGUCAUUGCACAGUGUAUACUACCACAAGCUGGAGAGAACGAGGACGAGAAGCUGAAUGAGGUGAUGUAUGAAGCCUGGAGGUUCAACCGAGACUGUAAACUGCUGAGAGAAGGCCUGCAGGGGCUCAGCUGGGACGGACGAGCCUUCUCAGAUAAGGUUGACCGCUUGAAGUUGGCUGAAAUAGUGAAACAGGCCAUUGAAGAAAAGACUAAUCUCCAAGAAUCUCAUUAGUAAAUGCUGUUUUUCUAUCUUCUUUUUAUAUUGUUUAUUAUGACCCUUUUUAACUCAUAUCUGUAAAGACGCUUUUUUAUGUAAAAUGAUGCGCUAAAUUUUUGUUUUUUUUCAUGAAUCCACUUGCAAGACCUAUUGUACAGCUGUAGAUAUAUUUCAAAAAGGACUCAUUGGUACUAUAAUGUUUUUUUAAAUGGACACUGGCAAAGAACAUUGAAAAAAAAACUAUAUUUUCAUUUUUGCAAAAAAAGAUAAAAGAUGAGAAAAAUCAGUGAAAGAAAUUAUUUUCUGGGAGGGAAUUUUUAUUAGCUGCUUGUACAAGAUGUCAUGUGUUUUAUCCCAGUUAUUUCAUUUUAUUCUAUUUUAUUUUCCUUUAACCAUCCUAAGAAUUUUAUUUAUUUAAACCAAGAGUUCCAUUAUUUUAUACUUAACUUGUAGCCUGGCAGUGGGCUUUAAAGUAAAGAGAAGCUGUCUACGAUGUGACGUUGUUCUUCCACACACUUUCUGAAUCUCAGACUAAGUUUAAAUUAUAUGAAUCUUUUUUUUUUUGUGCAACUUUCCCUUGACCAGAGGUCGGAGGAAAGGGAAAAUUGUGGUAAAAGAAAGUGUCAUAAAAUAGAAAAAAGCAGCCUCAAAUUUGUUCAUUUUGUCACAACCCCUUUCUCAAAGCUGGUAAGAGACGGUGCUGAAUAGAUCUAAGCAGACUAGAUCGACAUAAACAAUCGCUGGUUUCCUUUCUGACUCAUUUAGAUCAAACAAAUCUUAAGGUAAGGUCCACUUACUAGCUUUUUUCUGAGCUUUUAACUGUCUCACUGCCUUCUUUAGAGGAUAGUUUUUUUCAGACCCCAAGAUUGCUCUAAAAAAAGAAGCUGGUAAGUGGACGAGUGAAAACUUUAUUGUCAAACUGUUUCUGGGGUCAAUAUUGAGUUUUCACACUCACUUAGAUUCACGUAGGUUUCACAAACUCCUAGUUUUAACUCCUCCACAUGAAGUGAUGAUAGUGCUUGUCAGCUUCUGAAGUUUGUGUCUGGCUAGUAAAAUGAAGUGAAUUAUUUCAAAUAUUUGCAACAGUUUUUCUAUGUCUGAACAUUUAUGAUGUGAUUCUGAAAAGGUCUAAAGUUCAGUCUUCGUUUAAAGUUGUUGAUGUAUGAAACAGACACAAUAUGAGCUGCUUUGACGUAAAGUUGUAUCAACUGGAACUCAGACCAGGGUCAGUUUAUAUUGAAGUCAUUUUUAAAGCAAGACCGCUUGCUACAUGAGUACGCAAAAAACAUGAGACAUUUUUGGUGCAAUGUCGUUGCUGUCGUUGUGACAGACACGAUCAGUAGGAGGUUUCAGCAUGAACCUUGAACAGUUCGGUUAGAUUUCGGUGUCAUAAAACUUGCUGUGCUACUGAAUGUGCAAUAGGGCAAUAAUUUAAUCAUGUAUUCACAAUGCAUGCAUGUACAUGGCAGUGAGAUAGUGUGUAUCAAUUUGUCAGUAUUGCUGUCUAACACAGAUCUUCCCUAUUUCCCUUAGAAGGUCUGAAUAUUAGCAAAUGCUCCCUCCUUUCACUCAUCCUCACCUUUUAGUUGUAAUUAAUAUCAUAUCAUUGAUUAGCCAGAGUGAAAUCUUCACUGCACUGUUUUACUCUAGUGCUCCAGUCAUAUCUGAUAUUAUUUCUUCAGAGAGGGGUUGAAAGAAGGGAUUCCUAUUCAGGUGAUUGAAUGAGGCCGUGACGGCUAAAAGUGCAUGUUCUCUUGUUCAAUUCAGAUUAUGUCUAACACAUGUUGUUUUGUUUUUUUUUGUUAUAUUCAAAAAUCCUUAAAAGUUAUUUGUGAAAUUCCCCUUUGAUGAAGUCUUAUCUUUAUAAAGAAUUAUUUUGUAAACAUGCUUUCAUGUCAAGAGUACUGCAUUAACCAUGUGUUUUUUUUUUUUUAACGUUGAUCUUUUCUUAUCUUAUGAAAUAGUAGGUCUAUUCUGAGCGAUUAGCAAACAUUGGUGCAAUAUAUCGUUGCUUUCCAGUGAAAACCAUGUAUCUCCAAUCCUGAUGAGAUACACUGAAGGAUUCAGUGUUCCACAAUGGAUUUAAAAGAAUUUCCUGAUUAAGAUAAAUAAACCAUUUGAAAACAUAUAGGAUUAUAUGAAAAACACACUGUUUUAUAGCUUUAAAAAAAAGUGUGUUUUUCUUAGUUGAUAUUUUGGUGACAAUAUAUUUGUAACUGACAUGAAGACAAACUGCAAGCCUUCCUUUGUUUGUCUGUACUUAUUUAGGUUUGGCUUAAAAACUAAAAAUUGAGCUAAUGCUAUCAUUACUAACAUGAUUCUGAGAGAUAAUUUUGACUGGCCCUCUUGAUGACAGUUUGUCAUGCAGUCUGUCUUAAAAGCUUAAUGAUAACCACAGCUUGUGCUUGAAAAGGCCUUAUUGUUACAUGUCUAAGUUUUACGCUCAAAUGUGCCUUGUUGAUGGGGCGGCAUCUUCAUCCUUUCCUGCUCUCAUCAGUAGAAAUAAAUCACAGGAUGAAAGGAAAAUUUAGAAUCAUUGAAAGUAGUGAUUAAUAUUUGUCCUUUUGGCUGUGAUUUUCUUGUUUUCAUGUGAUGACAUGAAGGUUAUCAGUUCACACUGCUGGGUAUUGAGCAGGAAACAUAUGUUUCUUUUAGCACUGCAUUUGGCAAAAAAAAAAUAUAUCCAAAAAAAAGGAGAAAGAUUAAUAUAAUCAUUAAUAUCAUAAAAUAACCCCGUAUUUCACAACUUAGACGUCAAAGGAAUAGUUCAACAUUUUGUAAAAUUUGCUUAUUUCUUGCUGAGAGUUUGAUGAGAAAACCACAAUUCACUGUUGUGACAUCAGUUACUGUAUGUUUUUUUACUAUUUCUUAAACAGGCAUAGCAACUUGUUUCCGCUGGUUGCCUGGCAACAGGUCCUAGCCAAGAAACAUUCUGGUACAUAGCCCUCGUGAAAUGGCUUAUUGUCGUUUUUAAAUGAACAAAAUUUUAUGUGUUUUUGAGUCAGCUUUACAAGUGCUAGUACCUGUUGCCUUGCAUACAGACAAAUAUGAGUGAUAUCAAUAUUAUUUCUACCACAAAGCAAAAUCAUGACGCAUAACAACUUCCUAAUGCUUGCAUUUAAAGCUGCAAUUGAUUGAUUGAUUGAUAAUUGAUUGAUUGAUUAGUUGACCAAAUUUUCUGACAUUUUACAGCCUAAACAACCAAUCGAUUAAUCAAGAAAAUAAUUGUCAGAUUAAUUGAUAAUAUAAAUAAUCGCUAGUUGCAGCCCUAUUUGCUUUAAUGUGCAGAGGUUGGAUCAUUAAUAUUUGAGUGUAACACAUCAAGCGUACAGUAUUGCAGAAUCAGCAUAGCUUCUCACUUAAGUGGAACCUAAAAUGCUGCUGUUUUGUUUUACUUUGACCAUGUCUGUGUGGAUGUGUGAGUGUGUCAUAUAAUUUAUGUUUGCGUGUGUCUGUGUGUGGUUCACUGUGCUGAAGCUUCUUUGUAUUUUUGGAGGCCUAUGAAUGAAUCAGAGCUGCUUCCUCUAAAUCUUUCCCCAUCACAAAUAACAGAGUUUAUUACCUUUGCUACCCGAGAGAACAUUAUAAUUUAAGGACAGUGUAUUUAUUAGCAAUUUUGUACUGUAAAAUCAUGUAUCAUGAUAUUGAUACUCCUAACAACCCCAAGGGAAAGACACAGUUAUGCUCAGACACCAUGUACCUGCUCUUUGCUGCUCAGUCUGGCUCAGUGUUAUUAAAAAUCCCAGAGAGCAGAUGGUUUUGAAGAUGCUACCUCCCUCCCCUGCAUCCUCUUGAGUAGUUGCUGCUGCAGGAUGCUCUCAGACUGACAUUCAGGCUAACAAAGCACUAGACAUAUUUCACAAAUAUUAAGCAGUUUCCACUAGUCACUUCCUCUCUCUUAUCUGCACAGUGAAGAGAGGCAAGAUUUCUAGCUCUCCCAACAUGGUUGCUGACUAAGGAUAAAUAGCUGUUUUUAUUUAAUACCAGCUCAUUAAAAAUGACCUGAAAGGCAGAGAUGGUUUAGUCAGCACUUCUGCUCUUGAUAAAUACUAGUUGCUUCCGUUUCCUCUGCUGUAUGUGCACUCUUAGAGUACAGAGAGAUGGGUUAUUUUUAAUAUAUAUACAUAUAUAUAUAUAUGUAUAUGUAUAGUGAGAGAGAUUCAAAUGUUUGCUUCUUUGGGUCUGGCAUCAAACAGAUGUAAAGAGGAAGAAAUAUAUUUCACUUGAAGUAGCCAUUCCUGUUUGUGUUGAUAAGUCAGGGAGAAGUGUUGAGGAAAGAAAAUCAUUUCAAAGUAUGGAGCCUCUUCUCUGCUUUACCAGUCUUGUUCCUUUUUUCCUCUGGUCUGGCAGUUAUGUAGCAUGUACCCAAAUCCCUCUCGAAGGACUCACUGUAUUUUCUGUCAACAUCUAUUUUCUGCCCUUUCUGCCUUCUUUGGAAUGUCAUCAACAUGCUGACUUUGUAAUAAAGGAAUUCUUUGACUUUUGAACAUAA